GGCAACACUUUCCGUUUACCGAAGUUCAUGAGCGCGAAAGCCCAGUGGUUAACAGCGUGAAAUACCGAACCGUCUUUUCUUCAAUAUAGAAAUUGAUUUUAAAAAUGGGUAACAAGAAAACCGAAGACUCGCCUGCUGCUGUCCCCGAAGAAGAGGAGGAAGAGGAAUACAGCGUGGAAAAAGUCCUUGACAAGAGGAUUCGUGGGGGCGUGGUCGAGUACUACCUCAAGUGGAAGGGCUAUGGAGACGAGGACAACACUUGGGAACCGGAGACGAAUUUGGACUGCCCAGAGCUCAUAGAAGCAUUUGAAGUUGCCCGCAAGAAGGAAGAAGAAAAGAAAGAAGAAGCCAAAAAGAAGAAAAGAUCCUCAACUGUGGCUGAAGAACCUGUCAAAAAGAAGGCUAAGAAAACUGUCGAGGAAGACAACCGUCCGCGUGGAUUUGAUCGAGGAUUAGAAGCUGAGAAAAUCAUUGGAGCCACAGAUUCCAGUGGAGAGCUCAUGUUCCUUAUGAAAUGGCGUGGCACGGACGAAGCGGACUUGGUGCCGGCGCGACAAGCCAACACGCGGUGUCCGCAAGUGGUGAUCAAGUUCUACGAGGAACGGCUAACAUGGCACUCGUCCAACAAUGAGGAUGAGGAGGCUGGGGGACAGGCUGCAGGCGCCGCUGCUGGCGAUGCCGUCGCAGCCUGAGUCUCCCUCCAUCCGACAGAGCAUCCUUUCAUUACCGACUCAAAAUUUUAUCACAGCCAGGUUCACCGACUUUGUCCUUUUAGCUGUCGGGUGUUGCGCCCAUAACGCCUCAAGGUUCAGUCAUUAGCAACAUGGUUAUUGGAUUUAGUUGCAAUCAGCUAAUUUGUUAUACUACAUCAUGACUGUUACAACGCAUAUAUUUUUAUGUUUAUUCCUCCGUCAUUUUCAUGACGCUGUUGGUAGACUCGGUUAACCUGGUGGUGAUAAAAUUGCGAUGCUCGGAUCCCAUUUCAUCCAUACAGACAUCUAUCUUUAGAAUAAGUAUAGUUUUAAUUGGAAGAUAGUGUUCAUUUUUUCGCCACAGAGCAAAAUUCUGAGUCGACGCUGACUACUAAAGGAUUUUAGUUGAUCUGAUGUAAAAUUCAUGCAAACCUGAUGUCGAUGUGAAAGAAUUUUACGUUAUUGUCUUAGUUAAAGGAUCUCAUGACUUCCAUGUACGUUUAUGUUACGUAUUCGGAGGAAUGUCAGAUCAGUCUUCAUAUUCGCCUCAGCUGCUGUAUCAAACUCUUUGAUGUUGGGACUAAAGUAUAAUUACAAAUAAAUACACAGGAACUCUGACA